AUUUAUUAUUUCCUUUCAACUUUAACCAUUUUCUCACAUUAUGUAAUGUUACAGUGUAAGAAAAAAUUUCAUAGGUAAAAACUAAUAAAUAAAACUUACUUGAGCACAUUUCAAAUUUAAAAUAUGAAGCAAGUCCAUUAAGGAUUUUGUGCUUCAUCACACAUGCUAAGACAUUGUUAAAUUGAGUAGUAUUGUGAAAAAAUGUUUUUUUAAUUUUUACACAGAAGUCAACUUGUAUACAUCUGUUAUAUAUAAUAAUAAUAAUUAUGGUACAUUGUUUAUUUUUCUUUUGUUAUAGUUAUCAAGCAGAGUGUCAUUUAGUAAGGAAUGUUUUGAUAAUUUGCAGUUUGUACAUCAACAGAGUUGGUAUGAGAUUUGUUAGUGCCCAGUAUUUUGCAUGUACUGUAAGUAAAUUUAACUGUUGUUUCAUUUUGACAAUUUUUUUUAUACUUGCACUGAUAACAAUUUAAGUCUUUCUUUAAAACAUUAACAACAAACUGGGUGAGAGAAACUUUUGUAUUAACAUUGAUAAGUCAAUUUGUAUUGUUCAUUUGUUUGGUGUUACUUCUAUAAUAGAAGAAAAAAAAACAUGAAAAAGUAUGUGAAAAUAAUAAUCAGUAUCACGGUUAGUUUCAGGGUUUUCAGAUGUGAAAAUAUUGGAAAAUCGAGACUUGAAAUAAAGAAAGAACACCUAAGAUGCUGAUUUCCUGGCAAGAAGUGAUGAUUUGAUAUUACUUUCUGCACAUGCUAUAUAUGAAAGCCUUUCACAUUACAGUACUUAUAUAACAAUACAAAUGUUUGCAAUUCCUAGAUUCUAUAGCCAAAAACUAUUUUUACCCAAUUUUAUAUUGUCUGAUGCUUUUAAACACAGAAAAUGCAGUUUAAUUAAGUUAGCUGGAAUUUUUAUUCAUCAUUUCUCUACAUCUGAGACUGAAGUUCAAAAGUACUUGAAGAAACAUGAGAAGUCAGUUUCUUUCUCGUUAUGCUCAAGAGUUGACAACAAUGCAUCUGCAACAAUACAGUACUUGGAUAGUGAACAGUCAGGUCCUCUAGUUCUUUUCAUACAUGGUUUGAUGAGCGAAUUUCAAAGUUUUGGUGAUCCAUUCAUGUCCUUAUCAAAAAAAGGAGUACGGGUAGUGGCUCCUAAUCUUCCAGGAUAUGGUAAAAGUUGGAUAAAACCAGCACAAUCUUUUAAUCACAGUCCUGAUGAGAUUGCCAGUGUACUUAAGUCAUUCUUGGAAUGCAUUAAUAUUUCCAGGGUAGACAUGGUGCUGGCUCAUAGUGUAGGAAUGUUUUCUGCUGUCAACUUGGUAGCAGAGAAUCCUCAGUCAUUUCGUUCCAUGGCACUAAUAUGCCCAGCUGGUUUAAAACGUGAAGCUUGGGUAUACAUUAAGCCUUAUUGGUUGGUUAAAGCAGGAGCAUAUUGCUUACAUAACUCCCUUCUGAGACUUAUGGCUCUGCCUUUCCUCCGAUGGGGCCACAGACGAGCUAAAGCUGAUGUUUCUGAUAGCGUAAUAGAAUCAGAUAUUCACACCAUUGGAAAUAUAGAUUUUCAAAAGGCAUCGAAAUAUGUUGACAGAAUUGCUGGAAACAAGACUCCCGUGUUGUUAGCUUUUGGUAUGAGAGAUCCUUUCAUUGAGAGCUAUUCAUUUUAUGAUCUUGUUGGUCACUGGGGUCUAACAAAAGAAGAUCUUCGUUUUUACAAUGAUAAGGGAAUACUUGAAAAUCAGGAAAGUUGCAUUACAAGUAGCCACCAUCAGGACUAUAGAGUUGCUUUAGGCUUUUCCCGUGGUAGCCACAGUAUUUUACAUAAAUAUCAGGAUCUCCUUGUAGAAAUUAUGUUGGAUAUGUUGAACUCUGUCAGCAAACAGGACAGUGUUUCUAACGACAGAUGCUAUAAACAGUGAAUGAAGUUUCUUCAGAAGCUAGGCUAUUUGAAAAAUAAUUUGAUGGCUUUGGUUAGUGAGAUAGAAAUGAAUCACUACAGUUCUUGAAUAUUACUGACACUAGUGGUUAUAAAAACAAAGUGAAAAUUAUUCAUUAUACUUUGUUACAUAAUUUUCUUAUCAACAAAAAAAAAUGGCACCUCUUUUAGUAUCAUAAUUAAAAAAUGUAUAAGUAAGCCUAAAUAAUUAAAUAUCCACACAUUGGUCAGUCCUUGUGAUCACUUAUAAAAAGUUAUAAAUAGAGAGAUGACAAGAUUGAGAAAAUUUACUGACCUUGCUUGAUCUUUGCCCUCUUUAUUUUAGGUUUAUGUGCAUUUACUUAGAAGUGACUAUAUAUAUAUACAUAUAUCUUAAGAUAUAGACUACAAGGGACCAUUUGUUCCUUCGAGGCUGUCCCUGCAUACCCACCCAUGAGAAAAAAAUCAUAACUUAAACCUAUCCUUUAUUUUCAGGAAAUUAUCAGUUCCCCCCUUUUAACAUCCUGUGAAGUGUUGGCCUCCACUGCUGCAGGUUAGGAGAAUAAAAUUAUCUUAACUGGAAUCCAGCCUGCUUUUUACAAAUCUUAAAACUUGUGUCCUCUUCACAUAUUGUUUUCAGAAUAUAGAACAAAGAAAUCACAGGUUUUUUAUUGUUUUGAUCCUACACAUAAUCAGUAAACAUACACACACAUAACUAUUUCUGAGCUCGUAGCAACUUUGAAGCAUUCUAUAGUUACUAUUGAAAAUCUACUUUUUGAUGUUCUACUAAUGACAAUAAGAAAAUGCAAGACGUAAGUCACUGUAAUUUUGAAAGUUCAAUGUAUUGGUUUAUUUGAUGCAUUUUACUUAUGCUGUGAUUUUUAUAAUUUCAAACAAGGACGUGAAUCAAAAAGAUCAAUAAAAGAGAAUAUUUUUAAUAUCAAA